CCCACUUUUUGACAGCAUUGAAAAUAGAGUGUAAAAAUAGAACGCUUAAUACUCAAUACACAUUUGGCCUUCCUACAGCAUGGUAAAUUCGAAGUGCAACCUUGAGUGACAAUGGCCAAUAAAGCGCAGCCAACGGGGACCGAGCGAAAGGAAAAGCGCAUCGAGCGGGACGAGAAUCGUGGCCAAUGGAAGUCCAAGUCGGAGUUCAUCCUUUCGCUAAUGGGCUAUGCCAUCGGAAUUGGCAACGUCUGGCGAUUUCCCUAUCUCUGCUAUCGAAGCGGCGGCGCCGCCUUUCUCAUCCCCUACAUGCUCAUGGUAUUUUUAGCCGGCAUUCCACUCUUUUACAUGGAGGUCCUGAUCGGCCAGUUCUCAGGCACAGGAUGCACGGGCAUGUUUCGCCUGGUACCUUUACUGAAGGGAACCGGUUUCGCCCAGGUGGUGGUGAACGCCUACUGCCUGUGCUACUACUCGGUGAUCAUAUCGUAUCCCAUUCGGAUGAUUUCGUAUUGUUUCUUCAAGAAAGUUCCCUGGGAGGACUGCGAGAAUUCCUGGAACACAGACAAUUGCGUUGCCGGUGAUGACUUGGAGAGCACUAAUCGCACAGACGAUUUUUCAACUGCCGCCGAUGAGUUUUUCCACAAGGAAGUGUUGAGGCUCUCAUCAUCAAUCUCGGAUCUGGGAGGCAUGGUGUGGGAGCAAUUUCUUAGCUUAACGAUCACCUGGAUAAUUAUUUACCUGUGCCUGAUGCGCGGAAUCAAAUCGGUGGGCAAGGUGGUGUACUUCACGGUUCCCUUCCCGUACCUCCUGCUGGCCAUCCUGUUCGUCAGAGGGGUCACGUUACCAGGCGCCUGGACCGGCAUCAAGUUCUACCUGUACCCCGAGUGGCACCGCCUGCUGGACCUCAAAGUCUGGGCCGAUGCCGCCAUCCAGAUGUUCUUUGGAAUCGGACCCGGCUGGGGUGGCCUCGUCAACAUGGCCAGUUUCAACAACUUUCGGAACAAUGCCAAGUGCGACUCGAUUCUGGUUGUGUCGGUGAACGUGUUCACCAGCAUAUUUGCGGGCUUUGUGGUCUUCUCCGUGCUGGGUUUUCUAUCAGACAGGACGGGCGUUCCGGUGGAGUCGGUGGCCACCGGUGGAGCGGGACUGGCCUUCGUCACCUAUCCAGAAGCCAUUGCCAUGCUGCCCAUUCCGCAGCUCUGGGCUCUGAUGUUCUUCUUAAUGCUCUUCCUGCUAGGCAUCGACACUGUGUUUGUGCAACUGGAGGCCGUCAUGUCAUCCAUUUUGGAUGAAGUCUCUUGGCUCAGGAAUCACAAACGGAAAACGACCCUCUUUUUCCAUCUUUUUUUCGGUCUGUCCAGUAUAAUGUGCACAAAUGGCGGCAUGUACAUCCUCCAGCUUUUCGACUGGUACUCCUCAGCCAUAGCCGUUAUUGUCAUUUGUCUGGUGGAGUUAAUUAUGGUCUCGUGGAUUUAUGGGAUUAAGAACUUUAUGCUAGAUGUUGAGUUUAUGCUGGGAAAGCCGCCAAGUCUGUAUUGGAGGAUCCUGUGGCAGUUCAUUACACCCGUAGUCCUUAUAUUCAUUCUCAUUAUGAGCAUAGUUUUUAUGAGACCAAUCACCUAUAACAACGUAUCGUACCCAAUGUGGGCCAUUAUCGUCGGCUGGGUCAGUUUUGUGUCAUCUGUGAUGUGGAUUCCCCUCUACAUAUUCUAUAUAAUGAUCCGCAAACGGGCCACAUUGCGCGAUAGUCUAAAGAAGCGCCUCAGUCCCCUCGAUUGGACUCCUGCUGACCCCCAGGAUCGAGCAGACUACGAGGCUUUUCGCAAGCAGAGAGGAAUGCCAGGUUUCAUGUCCGAAACAGACGUUGAGAAUACUAAAUAGAUUUUAUAUAUACAUGCAAAAUAUAUUUGUAUAUUUUAUAUUACAAA